AUGACGUUCUUCCUCAAAACCAUGAUUAGCGGGAAAAUGAAAGAUCUGGGAGGUGGUGGAGGAGGAGGAGAAGAGGCGAAGACAGAGGAGGGAGAUGGAAAGCCAACUGCAAAAAGCACAGGAAUGACAAGGGAGGAGUUUGAGGAAUACCAGCGUCAGCUGCUGGAAGAAAAAAUUGAACGAGACAAUGCAUUCACACAGAAAAAAGCAGAAAGGGCAACAGUUCGAUUGCACAUGAGGGAUAAAUAUCGGCUACCACAUAGUGACAAGGAUGACAGUCAAAUACAGAUGGCUGGGGGAGAUGUGGAACUGCCUGAGGAACUGGCAAAGAUGGUGCAAGAAGAUGAGGAUGAGGAAGAAGCUAAUGAUUCCUUUUUCGGGACCAUUCAAAACAUGGACUUUGACACCAUCAAGACCAAGGCCCAAGAAACGUUCACCGAAAUAAAGCAGACGGCUGAGGAAAAAUGUUCAGUGAUGUAA